AUGCCCCAAGCGGAAAAGCACACAAAAAAAGAAGUUAGCCGUAGGUCGGUGAAGACGUCGAAGGAAGGCAAGAAAGGGGUUCUGAAGGAAGAUACCGAAUUGAAAAAGGCAGAUGAAAAAGAACCCUCCGCCAUUGCCUUUGCCAAGGAUCCACGCACUAGUUACGCGGAAGCCUUGCUUUCAAAAAAACCGAGGGAUAUCUUCAACGAGUAUAAAACGAAAGAAAUGGAAAAAAUCAAGCCCGAUAGCUACACGUAUCUUGCCUGGCAACGAUUCGAAUCGAAAAAUCGCUAUCCCGACAUCGUGUGUUUGGACAAUACGCGGGUGAAAUUGAAGGACCGUGAUUCGAGCAAUGACUACAUACACGCUUCGUGGAUGACAAUGACAAACGGUCGGCGGUAUAUCAGCACACAGGGGCCGUUGGAAGACACAAUUGGAGAUUUUUGGCAUAUGAUCAUUACCGAGCAGUCUACUCAAAUCGUGAUGCUGUGCGCGCUGAACGAGGGAAAAGAGAGCAAAUGCGAAAGGUACUACCCGAAAUUCUCCAAAGGGCACUCGAUCAACGCGGGCGAUUACAAGAUCACGUACGACCGGAAACUGCAUUCGAUUUACAAGGAGACGUCAAUCUACCAAUAUAAGGUCACCGGGGGAAAGUUGGCGGAUCCCUUCAUUGUCACACACUUUUUAGUCAACUCGUGGAAGGACCACUCAAUUCCAACCAAUCUGGAACAGAUCAUAGCCCUCUUGAAGUGCGUCACCAAGGCUCCAAUGGAAAAUCCUAUCACGGUGCACUGCUCGGCGGGGAUCGGCCGCACUUCAGCCUUCGUCGCCGUUGACUACGCCAACCAAGCAAUUAUGGCCAAUCCCGACUUCACGAUGGUCCAGCUGCUCAAGGAGUUGCGCAAGAUGAGAUUUCAUGCAGUGCAGGGCGGCGGUCAAUAUUUCUACAUUCAUGCGGGCCUGAUUGAAUUGUGGGUGACCGAGGGAAUCAUUAAGAGAGAUCCUUGCAAGAGUUUCCUGGGCGGCUACAAGAAAAUUUGUGAAAUCCUCAACAAGAAAGUCAGCGAAAACCCA